GUUUUAGGUGUUAAUAGCUGCUUAGUUUAUUGAAGCUAUGUAACAUAUGUUGAUAAUAAAUCAUUAAACUGAAUUUCUUGUAAAGUAGAAUACAACGUUUUAGCUCUAUAUAUAUUCGAUUACUCUUUAUUUUGUUGAACGUUUACCAAAUAUUUUUCUAUUUCAUGAUUUUUAGUGUUUAAGCAAUUAAGAGACACACAACCGUGAUGUCUGACCGUCUCACACAGCUACAAGAUGCAGUGAACCAGCUUGCAGAACACUUUUGCAAUGGAGUUGGAAUUCUUCAACAAUCUGCUGUCCCAGGUUCAUUUGCUGGGUUGGAAAAAUCUGGAAGCAAAGAACCUGCUGUCACUAAUGAUGACACCAUUCGCCUUUUUUCAACUUUAAUAACAAAGACUGCGAAAGACAUCGACGUUUUAAUUGAUUCUCUGCCAAGUGAAGAAAGCACACCUGAGUUACAGGCAAAAUACCUGGCAAAACUCGAACAAGAAAACCAGGAUGCAGCAGCAAGGCUACGUACGUUUGUAGACAAAGGUGAGGAACAGUUAGCUGAGAUACAGAAAGCUCUCGUGGAAAUUGCACAAGCUCAACUCCAAGCAAGAAGCAUUGAGGCGAAUGUUGUAUGUGGUAUCAACCCAACAACAUCAAUACCAAGGGAAGAUGAAAUAACAGGAGAUUUUUCCGACCUUCCACAACGGUGAAGUAACAACUUUGACACAAACGUUAGGUUGAGAGGAAGUACAGGGAUCAGCGAUAUGUGCAAUCGUGGUAUCUGGACGGCCACUAAGUGUUGGCAAUUCAGGCAAAAUCGCAGCCGCUAGGUGCUGCUGUGGUGCAUGUGCUUUUAAGUGAAAGUUACUCUAUCGUUGCCGAUUUAUGCCGAAAUAGAGGUUUUUCAUAUCACAAUUUGUAGAUUUUUGCCUUGGAACAUAGAUUUAUAUCAUCGGACAUCUCAGAUCCGGUGACAAGUUUCCACGUAUAUCACUUAGUGAGGGAUUUUUGACAACCAAUAAGGGUACCAAUGGGUCGGAGCAAUUUCCGUUGUGUGUUUUGCCCAAGUACAUACGGCCACAAUAGAAAGAGCGUCAAGUAUCGCACUCGUCACUUCCAAUAAAAAAUAACUUUGCA